AUGUCGCCGGCCAGACUAUCGCUCCGCGAGGAGGACAUCGUGCGGCUGGCGCUGGAGUUUCUCAACAACCGGGAGUUGCACAUUUCGCAGCUAUCGCUCGAGCGCGAAACGGGAGUCAUCAACGGCCAGUACUCGGACGAUGUGCUCUUCCUGCGCCAGCUCAUUCUCGACGGCCAGUGGGACGACGUGGUGGAGUUUAUUCAGCCGCUGGAAGCGCUCCAGAACUUCGACAUGAAGCAGUUCAAGUACAGUAUCCUGCGCCACAAGUACAUCGAGCUGCUGUGCAUCAAGUCGGAAGCGGGCGGCCUGGCCGCCGGUCCGCCGCUGAUCAAUAACGUGGAAGGCGCGGUCGAAGAGGUGGUGCAGGUGCUCGGCGAGCUGGAGAAGCUGUGCCCGACGAAGGAGGAGUACUCGGGGCUGUGUCUGCUGUUGACGUUGCCGAAGCUGGGCGACCACCUGCAGUACCGGGACUGGAAUCCGAGCAAGGCGCGGGUCCAGUGUUUUCGGGAGAUUUUUCCGUUGGUGGAAAAGUUUCUGCCCGGCGACAAGCGGUCCGGUUCGCCCGGUUUGCUGUCGGCGAAGAACGACCGGUUGGUGCAGCUGCUGAUCAAGGGCGUGCUGUACGAGUCGUGCGUGAACUACUGCCAGGUGAAGGCAACGGGAGCGGCCGAUGCGGCGAGUCAGAAAAUCAACUUUUCACGCGUCCUGGACGGAUCGAUAGGUUUCACGGAUUCGGAUCUUUCGCUGCUGAGCUGGCUACAGAGCAUACCGGCGGAUACGUUCGCGGUGCCGUUCGAGCAGAAAACGCUGAACGUGGACGUCGAACGGCUGGAGAAGCCCUCGCUCGAGACGUCCUGGACCGAGCACAUGCUCAUCACGCCGAUCAAACCGAAAACCUUCCCCCACUCGGUGAUGCCAUUCACGCGGCCCCGAAGUGCCGCCGACAUCAUGACCCGUUCGCUGCUGCCUUCCCUGGACGCCGUUUCGAGUUGUCUCAAUCCAAAAGCGACCAACGAAUCGUUUCCGAUGUCCCGUUCCAGCUUCGCCAGUUUCCACCUGACCGGCAUCAAGCCGAGCAGCGGCAAACUGAUGACCUCCAGCGUGGACCGGUUAUUCGAGAACGGGGACGGUGGCGAAACGUUUCGUAGCAGUAACUUUGUCGAGUAUCAGCAGGGACUCCCGUCGAUCGACGAGAUUGCUUCCGUGCAGUCGAAAUCACCCGAUCUACAGGCGGUGGCCGGUGCCGUGGUCAAGGCAUGCGACAUUCAUCAGAACAGUGCCGAGCGGGACAGUCCCAACACGACCAGCUCGACUGCCAAGAGCUCCCGGCGGGACUCGCUGUCGGAGAAGGUGCCGACGACACAGCCAACAGCGACGGCCAUCCCAACGGGGCUGCCACAUCACAGCCACCAGCCAACGUCCGUGCCGGCGUCCGUCAUCUCCAGCCCGGGCGGCGGUCCCGGAGGUCUCACUAGUGCCAACAGUCCGGUCCCGUCGGUGCAGGGAAUUGCUCCCCAAGUGCCCCUACCGAAUGCCGGUAUCAUCUACGAUCAGCCCAAACCACAGACCAAAGCGGGCCACAGUCAAGCGACGGUAGCGCCGGCCACCAGUAACGGAACGGCGAACGGAACCAACGAGGGUGGUGGUGAGCUGUACGAAAAGUUUAAGCAACAAAAGCAAAACAAGGAGAGUGAUUAUAUUAUCAACGGUAACCCAACGAUCGUUCCACCGACUCACAUGAGCAUGAACAGUGCCGGACCAACCGCGGCGUCAUCCAACGGUGGUCAAGCCAAUGGAAAUGGAUUGCUGCCCGCGAUUGGAGGAGUGCAUCCGUCGGAGGAAAUGUUCGGCAACGAGCAAUCGGACCAAAAUCGACCACGGUUCGUCGCGGUGACGACGCUCGAGGAUGUGCAGGCGGUACGGUGCGCGGAGUUCCACCCGAACGGGCGCAUCUACGCGGUCGGUUCCAACUCGAAGACGUUCCGGAUCUGCGAGUACCCGUCGCUGUCGGAGAUCAGGGAAGACCACAGCACGUACCAGCCGACGGUGCUGUUCAAGCGGACGAAGCACCACAAGGGCUCGAUCUACUGCAUGGCGUGGUCACCGGCCGGUGAUCUGAUAGCGACCGGGUCGAACGACAAAACCGUUAAGCUGAUGCGCUUCAACGAGUCCCAGAAGCAGCUCGAGGGUCAAGAGAUGGAACUGACCAUGCACGACGGCACCGUGCGCGACCUGUGCUUCCUCGAGGACAGCUCGAACAAGUCCAGCCUGCUGAUCAGUGGCGGUGCCGGGGACUGCAAGAUCUACGUCACGGACUGCGAAACCUCCACCCCGUUCCAGGCGCUCAGCGGCCACGGCGGACACGUGCUGUCCCUCUACAACUGGGGUGGCGUUAUGUUCGUCUCCGGAUCACAGGAUAAAACGGUCCGUUUCUGGGAUUUGCGUACGCGAGGAUGCGUCAAUAUGGUGACCCCAGCGACGUCACCCGGAUCGCGGCAAGGUUCACCGGUGGCAGCAGUUUGUGUGGACCCCUCGGGACGAUUGCUGGUGUCCGGGCACGAGGAUAGCUCGUGUGUGCUGUACGACAUUCGCGGCAAUCGGCCGAUCCAGUGCUUCAAACCACAUUCCGCCGACGUAAGAUCGAUCCGUUUCUCACCCUCCGCGUACUAUCUGUUGACCGCCGGCUACGACAACAAGCUCGUCCUGACCGAUCUGCAGGGAGACCUCACGAUGCCCCUACCGUCGGUGGUGGUGGCCCAGCACACGGACAAGGUGAUAUCGGGCCGCUGGCAUCCGGUGGACUUUUCGUUCCUCUCCACCUCGGCAGAUAAAACGGCCACCCUGUGGGCGUUACCACCAAUCUAAAAGCCCCCGCAGCCAGAUUGCCGGGAAACUCCCGCGUUCCGCGAGGAUCGCUCGAAGAUCGUGCCCAUCUCUUCCCUGUGUUACAUUCUGUUGUAAACGAUUUGUUUUGUAUUUGUUCAUACGGUUCAUAAUCUCAUCAUUUCAGCCCGCACACCAGUGUACGAUAGAAAACGGGCCCCCCUUUCCUUUUGUUUUUCAUGUUGUUCUUGAAGCGUACGAAGGGAAGCCUUGCGCCUUGCGCAGGGUUCAUCCCGAACAGUCAUCGUAAGCCAGUGUAUCGUACGUUUGUUUCUUCUGUAUUAUAUAGUGUCUAAACGAGGGCUCCCCGACCGGUCCGGGUGGAGGGUCCAUGGUUUCUUUAUUGCAGCAAAGCAAGGUACAUAAGACAACCUUACAAUCAAGCUGCCCCCCGGCCCAACCACCCCGCGUUCCUAAUCCCAUUUCCUGCAUUAUCCCGGUCCUUUCACAGCGCUACCACGGUGCGAAAACGAGGGUCAACAAAUCGCUGUUUGGCGAAGGCAAAAACGGAAAUCACGAUAGCUACUGUAUUUAUGUAUAAGAAAGUCAUUGUAAUAACCUACAAUUAGAUGCAACGCGGCGAAGCAUACGAAAUGCGUACCAUACAAAUCCGAUCGUUCGUCCCAUCCCGUGCUUUAGUUGGAUUCUGCAUCCUGCCGUUCUUAAAUCGAAUCACUAUUACUUAACACGUGCCGCAGAUCAUUAUUUUUGAAGCCAUUCCUAGCAGCGGUGCAAACGGAGCGAGCGAAUGGCUUCGUCCAAAGGUAUUCUCUAAAUUAUCUAUCCACCUCGGUUCUCAUUGUGAUUAGUAUGAAACGAUUAUCGUAAUCGGUAAUGCCUUCCGAGGACUAGUGUGAUUGAACGGGGCUCUCUUUACGAUUAGGAAGAUUACACUUUCGGAACGUGUUAUCAUUGGACCACUUGCAGAAUAAUAGACCAUUAGAGAUCCAUUUUAUUUAUUCCCAAACAGGAAAUGAACUGUUUCACUCAUACCGUUCCCUAUCAUUUGUUACAUACUUCCACUU